AUGGUGCCGCCUGAGCCAUGCCGUCACCUGGAUGUGUGCGCACCACCAGCUAUGCCAAAGCAAAAGGUGCUGGCCCCUCCACGACCCGUUCUGAACUUUGAGAAACACUACUACCUACCUGACUACAUCUUCGGUUUCCUUUGGGCAUUUCCUCUGCAAAGCAUCUAUCUAUCUCUGCCUGCCUUAAACAGCGCUGCCGUCUUCCUCUUCUUCCUACCUGCCUUGCCAUACGCACUGCUUGUGAGUCUGAAGUCCUUCACCCCAACACUUCCCAUGGCUUCUCUACCUUCAAACCGUUUUGCAGUUUACACCUCACCACUCUCCCGAGCUGACCUAAAGACCGUUCAGGAAUGCGAUAACAAACCGACCUUUGCCUCCAAAUCCGACUGCCUCUCGUCGCGCAAGCUGCAUUCGUUCGAUCCUCCUCCAAAUCAGACCCCGACCGAGCGCCAUGAGCGACGGCCAUAA